UAGAGGCACCCGGCCACCAGCUACAUUCAAUCAUUCUCUCCGGCCCCGGGAACCGAUGGAAGCGGAAGGCGCCAGGCGCCGGCAUCCCUCGCGGCCGGCGCUGCCGUGGGCGGUGAGGCUGCAGGCCACCGGUUUCGGUGUCGGCGUCGACGUCAUAAGCCGGCGUGAUGGCACGGUGAACCGCGGGUUGUACUCGGUCAUUGACCGUCUCCUCCGCGUGCGCGCCGAUCCUCGGCCGGAUGGAUCCGGUGUUCGAUCGGCUGACUUCGACGUGGACGCGUCCCGUGGCCUUUGGGCGCGUGUCUUCUCUCCGGCCGACACAACUGUGGCAUCCAGGCCGCUUCCGGUCAUCGUCUACUUCCAUGGCGGCGGCUUCGCAUUGUUCUCCGCGGCCAAUCGCUACUUUGACGCGCUCUGCCGUCGCCUUUGUUAUGGCAUCAACGCUGUUGUGGUCUCCGUUGAGUACAGGCUCGCUCCUGAGCACCGGUACCCGGCUGCCUAUGAUGACGCCAUGGACACGCUCCUCUUCAUCAACGCCAAUGGCGGGAUCCCAAGUCUGGACGAUAAUGUUCCCGUAGACCUCUCAAACUGCUUUCUUGCUGGGGAGAGCGCCGGUGGAAACAUAAUCCACCACGUGGCCAACCGUUGGGUUGCCACGGAUCAAGCCACUUCCAACUGUGUGCGCCUCGCGGGCCUCCUGUUGGUGCAACCCUACUUCGGCGGCGAGGAGCGGACGAACUCUGAGCUAAUGUUAGAAGGUGUGGCACCAAUUGUGAAUCUCCGACGUCAGGACUUCUGGUGGAAGGCAUUCCUACCGGUUGGAGCCAACCGCGACCACCCGGCGGCGCACGUGACCGGCGAGAAUGCCGAGUUGUCAGAGGUGUUCCCACCAGCAAUAGUGGUGGUUGGUGGGUUAGACCCGUUGCAGGAUUGGCAGCGGCGGUAUGCCGAUGUGCUCCGUCGGAAGGGGAAGAUGGCUCAAGUGGUGGAGUUUCCAGAGGGUAUCCACGCAUUUUACAUGUUCUCGGAGCUCGCCGAUAGCACCAAGGUCAUCGAGGACAUGAGGGUGUUUGUAGAAAGCAACAUGACAUCAGCAUCAGCACCAGAAUCCUCUGCGCCGUGAUCAAUCGACGACAAGUUUGAUCACCACAACUGUGGAAGUUCAUUUGCUCUGUGUAUAUUACCCAAAAUAUUUCUUGAAGUACUUCCACAUGACAAUAUACAUGUCAUUAUUGCAUGACGAUGAUAUCAUAUCAUUGGAAGUUUUCAAAAAGGAAGUCACAAACUUUUGGAGCUAGGGAAAUGCAAAAAGGAAAGACAUCCACAUGAGAGGCAAAAUGCAUUUCCCUUUGCUAACUUCCUGUGCGGCAGUAUAGAAAACUAGGGGCUCGUUUGGUCGAUCCUCUGAAUCGUUGUGCCUGGCAUGAGCGCUUCUUAGCUGAAACCUGCCCGAGGUGUGUUUGGUUGUUGUUUGAAGGGUUCUUGUCUGAAGAUUGUUGCCUGACAAAACCUGCUGGACAUAGGCCUCCAAAUUCGAAGGCCAGAGCAUCUCUCAAAAGUCAAAAUCUGCUUUCCGUGCGUGAGAUUAAAAUCAUUGGUUUUCAA